AUGCCUGAUGGCUUGCAAACACCAUCAUCUGUGAGUGAUGAUCGAGAGAUGGAUGAGAUGGACCUUACAAAUGAAAUUAUCAAAGAAGCAGCGUUUUUGGGAUUAGGUUGUGGAUUGAUUCUUGGGUUGUUAAUGGGUGGUCUAAUGUUGUAUACUCGAAAGCCGAAAUAG